AUUUGUGAAACACUUACUUAUUCAGGUAAGAUAGACGGCUGAAGCAUGUCCUCGGAGUACUCGUUCUGCAGCGAGGGAGGUUUCGACGAGCUCUCGAGUUCCUCCGAUUCCGGUUUCGACGUGAGCUUCGAAUCCCCGAAGCACGAGGCGCAGUCGGACGCCCUGUUCCCGCCUGCCAAGGAGGAGAAACGGAAGAAAACUCGGAACACGCGGUGCAAGAGUCCAACACAGGUGCUCAGGCUGAAAAGGAAUCGUCGAAUAAAGGCGAACGAUCGCGAGAGGCACAGGAUGCACACCCUGAACGACGCGUUGGAACGACUGAGGAUGGCGUUGCCAACGUUCCCGGAGGACACGAAGCUCACGAAAAUCGAGACCCUCCGUUUCGCCCACAACUACAUCUGGGCCCUGUCCCAGACGUUGGGCAACACGGAAACCGGGGAGAUCACCGUGAACGUGGGCAACGUGACGGUCAGCAUCAGCGAGAAUGGAAACAUGAUCACAUCCUCGACAGGAAGUUGCGCGGUUGCCGCGCAGAAGCGGCUCGGCCCGUCGCACGCUGUCUUCCCUUAUCCCCAGGAGAGAUUCGUGCCCGAAUGGCAGGAGUACGAUUGCUACAGCGACCAGAGCAGUGUCAGUCCGCCGAUGCAGUAUCAACCGUGUUACGAUCAGAGGAUGUACGCACAGCAUCAGCUCCCGGCUCCGCAUCACAUGGGACAUAACAACAUGUAUCAGUGUCUUUAGACAAUUUUUCCUUCCUCUUGCUGGAAGUUGGGAUUGUUUGGGAUAGUUAGAUUGGUCGUUUCGAGGGGGGGGAGGAUGA